AUGUUAGGGGUCUUGAUACGGCGUCAAGAGCAGCAAGAGGAGAUAGUCAAGAAUGUCCCACAGCUGCUUGCAGUGAGCAAAAGUCUGGACUCUUUCCUCGUUGCCAAAAGGCUGAGCCUUUUUUUGGAUGUCUGUGAGGAAUAUAAACCCCCAAUGCCAAAGAAGACGUUCCAGGCUGUCUGUGACUUUGUAUUCAAGCAGGUUCUCCCACUUGGUACUUCAGUCCAACAAUUGAAGAAGUGGCCCAGGAUCACAGACAGGUUCUUAUUCCACAGCUCAAAGCCACAGAUCCUAGAGAUCACACUGCAGGGACAGAUCCAAGGAGGACCAGGUGCGCAGGAUCAGUUCACCAGAGAGCAUCGCGACGUGUUGAUGGAGGCUUUCAGCCACUUGGUUUGCUGUUCUCCCAUGGAUGCCCUGGACUUCUUACAGACUCAAAUGAAGGACAACACUGAACACGUCCGUGUGGUCUUACUCAAAUACCUCAAAGCCAUCGUUGUUAGUGAUAACUUGUGUGAAACCAGAAGCAGGAAACAGCCGAUUGUGGAUGCUGUGAAAUGCAUUCUGGAUGAUCCCCGUGAAGCGGUGAUCAAGGCGACGUUGGGGUUCAUUAAAGAGCUCCUCCGCUCCCAGAACGUGGAGGGCUGUGCCGUGUGGGACAUGGUGGCCUACGUCUUCCAGCAGUUCAACCGGCCAGUUGACCAGCCAAGGGCAAAAGCCAGUCUCCUGCGUCAGAAAGAAAAAGACGAUAUUCAGGAAAUCUGUAUCGAUGUCUUGGAGAAUCUGAACACCUCUGCAGAAGGGAUGAGUAAAAUUCUUUGGCCAAAGCUGCUGCAUUUUGUGGUACCAGCUCCAUACAGUCCUGCUUUGAGGCCCCUCUGCAGAUGUCUGAAAGAACUGGCAGUCCUUCAGCAGGGAGAUUCAGCUCUUUUCCUUGGGUCUUGCAAAGGAGUGAAACUCCCAAGUGCCCAAGGACUGUUUGCAAGGCUUCUGGUCCUGGCCUCCAACCCCAACCAGAGAGGAAGGAGGGCUCUGCAACUCUUGCACACAAUGCGCUGCAACAUCCACGCCGCACUCAACAAGCUGUGGGGGAUGCAAAUUCCCUUCCUUUGGGAAUCCAUCCCAGUUGAUGCAUUUGGAGCCAGCGGUCAGGAAUGGGAGCAGAAACUGCUGCAGUUCCUGAGAAGAUCCCUAGAGACCAUUGCUGACAGCAACUGGAGCCGGAAUUUGAGCCGUGAAUUUGAAAGUCAGAUGUCCAGCUAUAUCGAUCAGUCGUCUGAAAAGAGUUUCCUUUAUAAAUCAUUGGGGACGUCACUAACGAGCUGUGAGGAUGUGCCCUUCGUUAAAAGUCAGAUUCAGCAUAUCAUAGAGAAUGCCAAUUAUCUGGAAGCGUCUGAGAGAGAGAAGGUCAUCCACGUCCUUUCCUUUUCUGCCAUGGGCCAUUUUGACCUCACGUUAAGCACACUGCACAAGUUUGGAGACAGAGGGGGAAAGAAAACGAAGGUGUCUGAAAUCAUCAGCCACUAUAAGGACUACUAUCAAGGUCGGAGAGGCCAUGUCCACCAAACGCUGAUGCUCACGUAUGGCCGAGUGGCUCUCUGUGCCCCCAAGGAGCUCUUCCUCUCCCAGGUGGAAACCAACAUCAUUAAGAGAGUUCUGCAACAUUACCACCAGAGUGGUCAGGUGCUUGGUGUCAGCAUCGCAAACAAGGACAUCAAUCUCAAGCUGGCCUUCCUCCAGAGCAUGAUAGACAUCAGCCACGCCAUCCAUGAGACACAGGACUACCGGGACAUGCAGUUUACGUGCAAAAAGGAACUCGUAGGAGUCAUGCUGGCUUUCAUCAGAGAGGAGCCCUUAGAUUCGCUAGCUACUCCAAUUCGCCCGAUGGCCAUCAUCACCCUUGGGUGCCUGAGCAAACUGAAGCCAUUUUUGACUCUGGAGGAAAAUCGGGACCUCGUUGAUCAAAGCAUCAAAAGUUUGUUCCCUCUCCCUCCCCUGGAACAGCUGAAAGGGGAGAUGGGAAAGGACUCUGCCUACGUAGAGUCCCUGCACAAUUGUUCUGUGGAUGCCCUUGGAAAACUCAUGAAAAGCAUCCUGCAGGAAGAGCCGACCUCUGAGAUGGUGGAUGAAAUGUUCCAGCUCAUAGACCCCUGGUUUACUGAAACUGAAUGCAGCAGAGAGAGGGCUUUGUAUGCCAGCUAUCAGCUGCUUGCUGCUUUCCAAGAAAGUGUCGGCAUCUUGAGUGAGGAAAAUUUUCAACACUUCGGGACUCUAGUUGCCCUACUUGCCCCAUUCACCUGCGAUUCUUCCACCAGAUGCCGGCACUGGGCAGGCAGAUGUAUCAUUUGCCUUAUGCACAUACAAGCUCAGUCGAGAGUCACACCAGAGGAGGAACAAGAGAUGAUCUUUGCCUGCCAGGAUUUACAGUCUGACUGUCCCAAGGAUCUGUUAACAGCAUCCUGCAGAAUGGCCAAGGUGGUCAGUGCCUAUUUCCCACCGGAUCAAGCUCUGGACUUCAUCGAAGAUAUCCUGGAGGAGCUGGUGUCCGGAAACAAAAUGUGCGCCAUUGCAGCUGGGUAUUGGCUGCUCACAAUCCUGCAAGACUGUGGCGCUAUGAUGGAAGCGCAGGUGUCAAAGAUUCUUGACGUCUUCUAUAGCCGCCUGCCUACUAUCAAGGAUGAGUCCUUGCGGCAAGUCGUGGUGGAUGCUAUUUCCAUUGUCGCGCAUUAUCAUUUGGAUGCCGUGUUCAGCAGUCUCCUGUGUCGGCGCCUCCCGAUGGACAGUGAGACAGGGGAACUCUGGAGGUCUUUAGGCAGGGACGCUUUCCUGGCCGUGCUCAUUCUUUACCGGUUAGCUGCCACAGUAAUGCAGCCACCCAGUUCAGAGACCACAUCAGGCUCGGGCAGUAACGAAACCUCGGUUUUCACUGAUGAGGAGCCGCUCAAAGCCACCUGUGCCAUCUAUGAAGUCGUGUCAGUGCUGCCAAGCGGGGAAGUCAUCCAGGACGUGUUCCCGUCCCUGUUCUGCGCUCUCCUGCAGCAGGUCAGCAGAACCCUGGGGCAGAGGAUGCCUUCUUACGAAGGCCGCCGAAGACUGUUCCGGAGAGAGCAGCAUCUAAGCGAAGGCAACCCUUGCAGACUUUCUGUAGCCAGCCUGAAGACCCUGCUAUUGAAGCUGACCUUGGAGCCCUCCCUGGCAGAAAGCGGGAGGAUGAGUAUCUGGAUUCUACUGAGGGACCCCAGCACCCACCACGAGGGGGUUUGUCUGCUGACCAGUUAUUUGGUUCAGAGGGGCCUUCUUGACAAGGAGAUCGUUGAACAUGUUCUACCCUGGAUGAAUUCAGAGUCUAAAAAACUGCGUCUAACUAGCACUGCCUUCUUUGUAGAGGCAAUCAGGGAUCCCACAUUAUCCGAAACGGAGCAACUGCAGACCAUCUUCCGCAUCCUGAUAGAGAGGGCAAGGGACCAGCAUCCCAGCAUCCGCCAGAUGGCAGUCAGAGGCCUUGGCAACAUCCUCCUUGUGGCUCCUGACAAGGUCAAAAAAGAGAAGAGGACCAUCGUGGCGAUCCUUCUGGGUGCUUUGGAAGAUGCCCAGGUGGUGCGAGAGAGCCUCCAGGUUCUUGCCCGGGUUCUUCCUCACCUGAAGGAGAAGGACGUGGGCUCCCUCUUUAAAAACAUCACCAUGCAGACCUUAAACUACCUGGAUGAUGACGAUGCUGAUCUUCGCAGCGCUGCGCUGUGCCUCUUUGGUGUCCUGGCCACUUCGACAAACUCCAGAUUCCAAGCAUUUUUUGCUGACCAAGUGAGGAGGAAUCUGGUGCCACUCCUGAUUCACCAGCAAGAUCCUAGUCCCCAAGCGUCAGAGGCGUGCAGAGCGGCAUUUCUGCAGUCGGUGCGGUUUUUACCCAAGAGGAAACUGAGAGCCUGCAUUGAAGAGCUUCACUCCACCACCCCCUUCAACCUCCCAUAUCUCCAUGUGUAUAUCUGCAGGCAGCUGGUAAAGGCCAACCCAGAGAUGAAGGAAGAGCUCUUGCAAAAGACAACGGCGUAUUUCAGAAGCAGCUGGGAAGAGAUCCAGACAGCAGCCCUGGACUUGUCAGGAGUCAUUCUGGAAAGCAUGCAGAUCGCAGACCUGGAGGAGACAUUUCGGCUGCAGCUGCUGGGCUCUCUCGAAGUACUUCGGGAGGACCCCAGCCGGAAAGUUCAACAGGCAGCAGCGGAUGUGGCCACCUAUGUCAGGAAGAAGUGGGGGGAGAGAGAGUCGCAUGAAAGAAAACGGGAUGAUGCAACACAAGGACCGGCUCCAGCCUGCAAGGCUCAGCCUGGGACGACAUCGGAAGCAAUGUCAGUCUAA